UGGAAAGGAAACCCUAAUCGAACCGAAUCGAAUCCUCCAGUCCAGAUCAAAACAAGGGAGCGAGCAUGGCGUCGUCCUCUGCUGUGAGCAAGCGCGGCGACGCCGGCGGCGUCCUGUCUGCGAUCUCGCGGUCCUCGGUGGCGGCGCACGGCCGCGAGGCCGCGGCGGUGGCGGGGAAGCUGCUGCGGAGCACGGGGAAGGCGGCGUGGAUCGCCGGGACGACCUUCCUGGUGCUGGUCGUGCCGCUCAUCAUCGAGAUGGACCGCGAGCAGCAGAUGGUCGACCUCGACCUGCAGCAGCAGGCUCUUCUCGGCUCGCCGCCGCCCCUCGCCAAAUAAAUCCCUCCUCUUUCGUCCGUCUUUGUUGCCUGCCGCUGCUGCUGAUGCGAUCACAUUUCGUUUUGCUAGUAUCAUAAGUUGUCGAGAAUUUUAUCACUAGUCUGUUUUGGGGGAGAAAGAUCAUGCCUUGUUGUGACUGCUCCUGCUCGAUACAAUUAUUAUCGCAAUAUCACCGACUUGCUAAGUACUGUGAUACACAAGAGUGUUUGCUUGUGAUGCCUAUUUAGAUACAUAAUACUGGGAGUA